AUGGAUGGACCGAACACACCACUGUGUACUGAAAGUGAAACAAUGGAUGGACCGAACACCCCACUGCGUACUGAAAGUGAAACAAUGGAUGGACCGAACACCCCACUGUGUACUAAAAGUGAAACAAUGGAUGGACCGAACACCCCACUGCGUACUGAAAGUGAAACAAUGGAUGGACCGAACACCCCAUUGCGUACUGAAAGUGAAACAAUGGAUGGACCGAACACCCCACUGCGUACUGAAAGUGAAACAAUGGAUGGACCGAACACCCCACUGCAUACUGAAAGUGAAACAAUGGAUGGACCGAACACCCCACUGUGUACUAAAAAUGAAACAAUGGAUGGACCGAACACCCCACUGCGUACUGAAAGUGAAACAAUGGAUGGACCGAACACCCCAUUGCGUACUGAAAGUGAAACAAUGGAUGGACCGAACACCCCACUGCGUACUGAAAGUGAAACAAUGGAUGGACCGAACACCCCACUGCGUACUGAAAGUGAAACAAUGGAUGGACCGAACACCCCACUGCGUACUGAAAGUGAAACAAUGGAUGGACCGAACACCCCACUGCGUACUAAAAGUGAAACAAUGGAUGGACCGAACACCCCACUGUGUACUGAAAGUGAAACAAUGGAUGGACCGAACACCCCACUGUGUACUAAAAGUGAAACAAUGGAUGGACCGAACACCCCACUGUGUACUGAAAGUGAAACAAUGGAUGGACCGAACACCCCACUGCAUACUGAAAGUGAAACAAUGGAUGGACCGAACACCCCACUGCAUACUGAAAGUGAAACAAUGGAUGGACCGAACACCCCACUGCGUACUGAAAGUGAAACAAUGGAUGGACCGAACACCCCACUGCAUACUGAAAGUGAAACAAUGGAUGGACCGAACACCCCACUGCGUACUGAAAGUGAAACAAUGGAUGGACCGAACACCCCACUGCGUACUGAAAGUGAAACAAUGGAUGGACCGAACACCCCACUGCGUACUGAGAGUCAUUUUACAAACCAGUCGGGCGAGGUGUGGGCGUCACUAGACCAUUCUUCGCUUGCUGGAGUAAAACCUGUCUUCUGCAGGUGA